GCAGAGACCUUUCAUCAGCAUGUCUGCCACCUACACCUUUCUGUGAAUAUGAAGAUCAAUGCUGACAAGUCCAGAUUAUAUAGACUUUUUGUCCACAGGGCCCAGUCGGCAUGGAGGUGUCUCCCCCUCCAUCAGGCCUAGAAGCAGAGUAUAGGACACUUUUCUCCACUGACUCCCUCCUCUUCCUCCAUGAGCUGAUCUCCACAUUUGAUGAGGAGGUGGAUCAGGUCAUGUGGUUGCGAGUGUCCAGGAAGGCGCACUUGGACCUUUCAAGUGAUCUGCCAAGCUUCCUAGAACACACGGCACAUAUAAGGAGAGACCCAUUCUGGAGAGUGCUCCCUGUACCCCAGAGGCUCCAGAGGAGACAUGUGGAUAUCGGGGAUUUGGCCCCCUGCGAUACCCAGCGCUUCGUCAGAGCCCUCCAGUCACCAGCACAAGGCAUACAAGUUGACUUUGAUGAUGGGAACUGCCCUACAUAUUACAACCAGAUCAAAGGCAUUCACAAUGUUUUUAAGGUGGUGCACCACCAGUUUCCCAAUGUUCCACACAUAUCUCAGGCCCCAGUGCUGAUGCUACGUCCCCGUGCUUGGAACAUGGUAGAGCACAACAUGAUGGUGGAGGGGAAAGAGGUUCCUGGUCCUCUCUUUGACUUUGGACUCCUCAUGUUUCACUGUGGAAAGACACUGUUUGAAAACAAGAGUGGACCCUUUUUCUACCUGUCAAAAGUCGAGAGCUUCUUGGAGGCUAAACUAUGGAACAAGAUAUUUGUAUGGACACAGCAGAAGCUUGGCCUUCCACCAGGCAGCAUCAAGGCUACAGUGCUAAUUGAAAAUGUAUUAGCAGCAUUUGAGAUGGAGGAGAUUCUCUAUGAGCUACGAGACCAUUCAGCAGGACUCAACUGUGGCAUCUGGGAUUAUUCAGCCUCCUUUGUCAAUAAAUUUGGACACCGACAGGCCUUCCUGCUGCCCGAUCGCAGUAAAUAUGUCAACAUGGAGAAACGCUUUCUUCGUAGCUACAUGGAGCUGUUGGUUCAGACGUGUCAUCGGCGGGGAGCACUGGCCACAGGAGGCAUGGCUGCUCUGCUGCUACCUCAGGACCCGCUCAGUGAUUCCUACAAAAGAGUAUUGGCUACUGUCACCAGACUGAAGUUGAUGGAGAUCAAGGCAGGUGUGGAUGGUUUCAUGGUAUAUGACCUGAGCUUGAUUGAGCCUAUGCAGAAGCUUUUCAAACUCCACACUGAAGGUGAUAAUCAACUUCACCAGCUUCGAAAUGAUGUCACCGUGACUCCUGAUGACCUAUUGUCGAUGCCUUUGGGAGGAGUCACCCUUGAUGGUUUGAAGUAUAACAUUGCAGUUGGUGUCCUCUUUAUUAAUGCUUGGCUCUUAGGUAAAGGCCAUUUUUUCUACAGAGGCCAAGUUGAAGACUCAGCCACAGCAGAGAUUUCCAGAUCACAGGUGUGGCAAUGGAUCCGUCAUCAGACUCGGCUGGAAGACGACAGCAGGGUGGUGAGCAGGCGGCUGGUUAUUGACCUCACCAAGAAGGUCAUGGUGGAGCUCAGCACUCUGUGUCUUUCUGUUAGGGCUAAACAGAGUUUACACACAGCAGUAGACAUGUUCCUGGAAGUUGUCCUAAAGAGAGAUUUCCCAGAAUUCAUCACCACCUACCUGAAUCAGGACCACACCUUUCGGAUUUCCCAGAGCACUGGACAGGUGGAGGCUCUGGACACAAACAUGCACCAACCCAAACUGUGACGUUUCAGCUGGAAGACAGCUACAUGUUCUCUGCUCAACACUUUCUAUAGGUGCCGCACAGCAGUGAACUUCAUUGACUGAAAGACAGCAAAUGACAUGUUCUAACAAGCAGCACCAUCUAGCAUUGCUCUGAAUAUGCUGCCAUUUUGAAUUUUCUUAUAUGCUGCGCACCAUCUUAUUUUAUUAAAUCUAGCUAGUGUUCUCUGUGUAUCUCAGUGCAAUCAAUUACAAUGACUCCCUUCAGAAAAAGUUUUAUUCAAUGUAGUUUUAUUCAGAACUCCUUGCUAGCUGAUUAUUAGGAGCAGGUUGACUGUGCUGAAUUUGGUGGGACUUAGAAAUGACUGAAAUAAGGGCCUUUCAAGGGGUUGGUUUCUCCCCACGAUCAAACUGAAGAGGUGCAGACAAGCAAGGGGUUCAGUAUGAAGUUUCAGACUUUUGUGUGUAACAUAGAACUCAACUCUGGCAUCUGCUGCUCAUUCAGUCCUGUCCUGAAUGUCCCCUGU